AUGGAUAUAUGGAUUACAACUAAGAUUGAGCCCAACGCGGUGUCAUGGAGCUACUUCUUGAAACUUGAUAGGACAGUCAUUGGAAUACAGCCAUCUCUGAGUUUCUUCAUCGACGAGAAAAAGAAAAUUGCAGUGAUUUAUUUUAAAGACAGUAAAGAGAGCUACAACUUCACAGCUUACAUGUGUGGAGAAGAUGGAUACUGCUACCAAGAAGUGCAUCAUGGAGAAUCUGAAUCUGCAUCUCGGCCAUUUGUGUACACUUAUGCUCCAAGUUGGGUGCAGAUCCAUGAGAAAUUUGGUCCGCGUCUUCCUCUGCCAUCUCACUAUGUUGUAGGACUUACCGCUCUGUAUUCUGUUAGAGAAGAGCACCUUGCGUUGUUAAACAUGCCUUGGAAUACAUCAGAGAUGAAGAUAUGGGUGACAACUAAGAUUGGACCCAGUGCAGUGUCCUGGAGUUACUUUUUAGAAGUUGAUAUUUCUGAUUUCAAAUUGAACGUUUUGCCUGGUUGUUUCUUCAUUGACCAAGAGAAUAAACUCGUUGUGCUUAACUACUUAAACAAUUCCAAAUGCCUUGUAGCUUACAUCACCGGAGAGGAUGUAUACUUGAGAAAAGUGGAUCUUGGUUUCGCUUUGAAACUCAAAGAUCUUCCGUAUUCUCCCACACAUCACUACCUUAAUAGUGCAGUACUGAUAGAAGUUUCUCUGCUAGAUGUUAAAUGCCUCAGAGCUGUUGGAGAGAUCUUACUUAUCUGA